AUGGCUUCUCGUGACGCCGCCACCUUCCAGGUCUACCGGCCCAUGCCCGCGCCGACUCCGGCGCCGGCGCCGAUGUCGCUGGCGGCCGCGGCGCCCGCCUCCGACGUCGCGGCGCCCGCGCUGAAGAAGGCCAGCCCGGGCGCCGGCAAGGACCGGCACAGCAAGGUAAACGGGCGCGGGCGGCGCGUGCGGAUGCCGAUCGUUUGCGCGGCGCGCGUGUUCCAGCUCACCCGCGAGCUAGGGCUCAAGUCGGACGGCCAGACCAUCGAGUGGCUGCUCCGCCAGGCCGAGCCCUCCAUCCUCGCGGCCACGGGGUCCGGCACCACCCCCGCCGUCUUCUCCUGCUCCUCGGCGCCGUCCACCUCCUCCCCCGCCUCCGCGGCGCACCCGCUCCUCGGCAAGCGCCCGCGCGAGGACCACGAGCCGGCGCCCGCGCCCGCGCCGUUCUGGGCGACCCUGCAGGCGCGGCCCGUGGCGUGGGGCCUGUCGCCGGCGCAGGAGGCCGCGGCGCAGGCGUACGCCUCGGUGGCGGCGCAGCAGGGCCACCAUCUCAACCUCCUCUCCGUGCUCUCCGGCGCCGCGAGGCCUUCAGAGGAGGAGUCCCGGUGACCGCCGCCGCAGCUUUGCUACGUUAAUUGCAUGCGUCGACGCGUGGCGCGCUUUUCCGUCUGGUUCCGUGCAUCCCCGGGGUGCAUUCCGUGUGUGUUUUUCCUGUGAUCUGCGGUGUGAGGGGAAGAAGGCGGCGAGCUGAAGGAUCAACAACUCGCGAUCUGGUCGCCGGGGGUAGCGGUUGUAGAUAGCAUUCGUCAGGUUUUGUGCUUGUGAUCGAGCUUGUUCGUUGUCUGGGUUUGUGCUGUGAUGAUCAGGGCUCUGCAUGCCCAAUGUCAGCUGAUCUGAAAUUCUAGCACAA